UUUGUUAAAGCAUUGAUCAAAAUGGGAAAGAUUAUCUUCUACGAAGACAGAAACUUUCAAGGGCGCUCUUAUGAGUGCAGCGCAGACUGCUCUGAUUUGUCUUCAUACUUUAGUCGUUGCAACUCUGUUCGAGUUGAAAGUGGAAACUGGAUUCUCUAUGAGCACCCAAGCUACAAAGGAAACCAGUAUUACCUUAGAAGGGGAGAAUAUCCCAAUUUUCAGCAAUGGUUGGGUUUUAAUGACUCUGUGAGAUCAGUCCACCUGACUCCUCAACACCGAGGUCCAUUCAGGAUGAGGAUCUAUGAGAAAGAAGACUUCAGAGGUCAGAUGAUGGAGUUUACUGAAGACUGCCCUCAUGUUUAUGAGCAAUUCCGUUACCAUGAUCUAAAUUCCUGUAAUGUGCUUGAUGGUCACUGGGUUUUCUAUGAGGAGCCCAACUACAAGGGACGUCAAUAUUACCUGAGACCUGGAGAAUACAGAAAAUAUAGUGACUGGGGAGCCGUGAACUCAAGAGUUGGCUCAUUCAGAAGAGUGCAAUAUCUCUAUUAGAAUGUUUAAAAUACUUAAAUGGUUUUACUGAUCUUAAAUUUUCAAGCAAUAAAAAAUAUAUUUUAAAGCAACA